UCAGUCUGUUUUGAAUAUUCAACGCUGCCGUUGGGUCGAUUUCGUGUCGAAAAUGUUUUUGCAACUCUUAUCUAUAAGGUUGGCUAUGUCACUGAUCCUUUUAAUCAGUGGACAAUGGACUUCAGCUCGUCCCCAGAAUCCUUACUACGUGGAAAACGGCGGACAUGGAUAUCCGAACCAUCAUCGCCACCAUGGUCAUCACGUACAUGGGUCAGGAUAUGGCCCAGGAUCCAUUGGACCACCUCCCUUUGUCUUCGGUCGUUUUCCACCGCCUCCUUCGUAUUAUCCAGAUAAUCAACCAUCAGGAGGUCGUCAACCGUAUUAUCCGAACGUCGGUGCAGUUCAAGGACAACCUGGCAGUCAAUUUCACCAACAUGGAGGUGGUUUUCAUAGAGGACAACAGGAAUAUCCCUACCCUGUAGGUGAUUUUAACAGGGGACAUCCAGGCCUCCAGCAACCGGGUGGAGAUUUCAACAGGGGCCAACCAGGUUUUCAGCAGCCAGGAAAUGAAUUCAAUAGACCACAACCAUCUGGAAGGGCGCCAGGACAUCAACAAUCUGGCAGCCAUGAGGAGCUACCCACCUACCCUCGAGGAUUGGAACCCCAGCAGCCGGGUGGUGAUCCAAAUACCCUACAGCCUCGACCUGGCCAAAACCCUGGUGGAUUCGAACAGCCAAAUGAAAAUGCUGGCGGAUUCCAACAGUCAGGCCAAAAUAAUGGGGGGUUCCGGCAACCAAGCCAAAAUUCUGGAGGAUUCCAACAGCCAGGCCAGAGUACUGGAGGAUUCCAGCAACCAGGCCAGAGUUCUGGGGGAUUCCAACAGCCAGGCCAGAGUACUGGGGGAUUCCAACAGCCAGGCCAGAGUACUGGAGGAUUCCAACAGCCAGGCCAGAGUACUGGAGGAUUCCGGCAGCCAGACCAGAGUUCUGGAGGAUUCCAACAACCAGACCAGAAUUCUGGAGAGUUUCAACAACCAGGUCUAAACCAGGGACGGAAACCUGGUACUUCUAAUAAUUCCAUACAACCGCGUCCCGGAAGCGCAGAUGAAGACUUUUCCGACUUCAAUUUCCAGUCCCCCAAGACUUUGCAGCCUCGACCCGGCCAGGAUUACGAAACUGCGGGAUCUGGCGGAGCGCAGACAAUUCAACCGAUUCCCGGGCAUCCGCAGUCUUCUGUGAUCCAACCUAUUCCAGGGCGAGCUCAAUCUUCUGACAAUGUUGACCAAAACAUCAACGACCUCUUCAACACCCAUGAUUUUCUGUCACCAGAAUUGAGCACAGCGCCUGGAGCCAACCGAGAUCCCAAGUCGGAUGCUGAGGAAGCAAGUCCAGAGUCGGUAAAUCAGCGCAGUCUCUUCAACCUGGAUCCCAAGUGUGCAGAAGGACUCAAGCUCAUGGCAGGACGUUGCAGGAAGGAAGCCUAGGGAAUUCGGAUUCAAAUGAAAUUCUGAUUAAUACUGUUUCAUGUUCACAAUACAUAUUUCAUUGUGUCAUUAAAUCUGUCAUUAUGUGUAAUAAUUGAGACAUACAAUUUUUGGGGCAUUUUAUUCAACUGAUAAGGUUGUUUAUGCAAGAUUGGAAGUACAAAUUUCCCAGAGAUUACCUCAGCAUGCUCUUCGGUAAAAAAAUGACUUCGUAGUAGCUUACGUAUACCACUGUAACAGCUUUUGAACAUCACAAAUUGUAUUAAUCAGCUGAAUGCAAUUAAGCUGCAAUACGUUAUCAUUUUUCUUGAAAUAUAUCAAUUUAGAAAACGUUAUCUCUACAAUAUUGAAUUACAGUUGUAUAAUUACAAAGCUGUGUGUAAUUGGUUACAUUGACUAAUCAAAUAAAUGGAAUGCGCAUUUUUAUCAAUAUCUUGAAGAGCACACACAUAACAGGGAAAAUCCCUACAUAAAAGCUAACUUUUUUGAUCGCCGUAGAACAUUAGUUUUGAAGCGAUUGUUGUACGAAGUGCAUUGUAUGGAAAUGGCGCUCCAACUUAAAAGAUGGCUAUAUCUGAUCACUUGGACGGCGAUACAACUACUUCUUCAAGUGGAAAAGAAAUGCUCGCCUGGUUUUCAACUGUACCUAGAUCGAUGCCGAAAACCAGCGUAAACAGAUAAAAUAUAACAAUGUUAUUAAACAAUAUUUCAUCAGUGCCAACAAUCAGUUGAUUAACUUUAAUGAACCUGUACUUAUAUAAACCGAAUGUGUCGUAUUUUUUAAAUAUGUAUGUGAGAAUUGCAAGUAUUUAUAUAGAAUUUAUUUAAGUAUCAAUAAAAACACAGCUUGUAGCAC